UCACUAUGUCACAAUAUGAAAAAUAUUGAUGUAUUUGGUUCAAUUUUAAGGAAUAAUUUUUGAUCAAUUAUACUUUUCCGUCUACGAUAAUUACAUUCAAUUUUAUCUCCAUAAGUGCUGGAAACGAAUAUCAUUCAUUAUCAUUCCUUUUGGAAAUAUGACAAUGGGCGAUGAAACUCCUGCUACAUCGCUGAUUUUUCCUGUUUUGAUACGCCCUAUUCUUUCUCAGUUAGAAAAACAGGAUGUAUCAGCCUCUCAAACUUUGCGAUCAGCUCUUACUAAAGCAGAAGCUUCAUAUCCUGGUAUUACAUAUGAUCUGGUUGUUGGUAUCAUGAAAAAGGGAGAUAUUGCAGUUAAUAUGAAUGAGAGCAUUUUGAGACUACAAGGAGGAGUUUCAGAAACUGAUGUUGUGGAAUACAGACUGAGUAGAUCAGAAGAUGCUUUUCAAGAACUCAAUAAGAAGUCUGCUUCCCUAAAAAGAAUAUUGAGCAGGAUACCGGAUGAAAUAACUGAUAGAAAAACGUUCCUGGAAACAAUUAAGGAAAUUGCUAGUGCCAUUAAGAAACUAUUGGAUGCUGUGAAUGAAAUAAGUGGUUUCAUUCCUGGAAGUACUGGUAAACAAGCUUUAGAGCAAAGGAAAAGGGAAUUUGUCAAAUUUUCUAAAAGGUUCAGUAACACUUUAAAGGAGUAUUUCAAAGAAGGACAUGCCAAUGCAGUAUUUGUUAGUGCCCUUUAUUUGAUUCAUCAAACAAACAUGAUAAUAGCGACGGUUAAGAGCAAAUGUGAAUAGUUUGGUGCCAACUGGUUCAAUAUUCUUCUAAUUUAGUAUUGUAUGUUACGUCUGAUUUGUUGAAGUAUAUGGUUAAGGUUAGGUCAUACACAAAGUCUAGGAGGAUUAUACAAAAUGACAAUGUUAUGAUAAUAUUUAACUAGAUUUAAAAAGAUAUUUGUAUAUUAUUUAAAAUGAAGAUAUAUUGUUGUACACAACAUAUGAUAAUCAGUAAUACAUAUUUUGAAGUUA